UUUCCUGGUCAAUUACCCCCUCUCUCUCUCUCUCUCUCUCUCUCUCCCUCUCUCUCUCUUUGUUGCUGUAAAGAUGAGCCUCUCACAUUGUCAAUUAGCCUUCCAACCAAGAAUCAAACACUAUACUAAUCUUCCCAAUUGCCCAUUAUCCCGUCAACCGACCAAAGGAACCAAACCAAGUCGUUCGACAAGGCAACAGAAGUUGCCCACGAAUUGUUUGUAUAAUUGCCGAAAUGAGUCCCAAGCGCCCAGAAUUUUCGCUGUAUCGGACCUGCACACUGAUUACUCUGAGAAUAUGAAAUGGGUUAAGGGCCUUUCUACCUCCUGGUACAAGAACGAUGUCCUCAUUGUAGCCGGUGAUGUGGCAGAGACUUAUAGCAAUUUUCUGGUGACAAUGUCUGAGCUGAAGGAGAGAUUUCGGUUUAUUUUCUUUGUUCCUGGGAACCAUGAUCUGUGGUGUCGAAGAGAAGGUGAUAGAUUUAUUGAUUCAUUGGAGAAGUUGAAUGCAUUGCUUGAUGCAUGCAGUGACCUUGGAGUAGAAACUAGCCCAAGAAUAGUAGAGGGUCUGGGAAUCAUUCCUCUGUUCUCAUGGUAUCAUAAGAGCUUUGAUACAGAGAAGGAUAUAACUAGAGUUCGGAUACCUUCACUGGAGAUGGCCUGUAAAGACUUCCAUGCUUGCAAGUGGCCCGCACAGCUCGAUGAUGAUAUUUCUCUCGCUAAUUACUUUGAUAAAAUGAAUGAGAGUAACACAAGUUUUAUGGAAGAAAUUCUGAGGAGCUCCUCUCAAUUGAUUACAUUUUCUCAUUUUGUUCCAAGGCAAGAACUUUGCCCAGAGAAAAGGAUGCUCUUCUACCCCAAUCUUCCUAAGAUCAUAGGCUCUGAUUUUCUGGAGGCUAGAUUGAGAUCAAUACAUGGAGAAAACGGGAGUGCUUCAAGUUGUCAUGUAUUCGGCCAUACGCACUUCUGUUGGGAUGCUGUGCUUGAAGGUCUCAGGUACAUUCAGUCACCUUUGGCUUAUCCAAGAGAGAGGAAAAGAAGGAUGAAUGGUGGUGAAGAUUGGUUGCCAUUUUGUAUAUAUCAUGAGGGUUUCACUGAUACACUCUCACCCUCAUACUGGUCAGAUUAUUACUCCAAAAAUAAAAGAGACCCGGAGAAUACUGAGCUUGCGCCAUGGGUUGCCAGAUUUUAUGAGAGGUAACCCUAAUCAAUUCAUUUUCUAUAGUUUCUGUGUUUAUUUUCCAGUUUUCUUUUCUAUUUAUUUCCUCCUUUUUAUCAUGUAUAUGUCAAAUAUGUAAAACAUGCAUACCAUAUAUACCCUAGGGAUGUGUCCUGUUUGAAAAGAAGCUCCCUUCUUCUUUUCUGGGGAUCAGGGAAAGUAUUUGUAUGCUAUUUUUUUCCCCCCCUUGUAAUCGUGAAUAGUUGUGCAAGUGAAAUUUCUGUGCGAAAGGGGCUUAUAUAUAUCAUACAAAUCCUGAACAAUCAUUAUUAGCCGCUUACAAAUUGAUCUUGAAGUGGAUUGUAAAGACUGAUCGUAUUCGUAACUUUA